AUGCAAACUGUUCAAGCUUGGAGAUUUCAUGCACCCCUGACUCAGCUUUGUAUGCACAAUAAUCAGUGUUCUUCAAAGUUACAGAAAUUUUUGUCUAAGAAGAUCUGGACUAAAGACGAUCGUCAAGAAAUCCUCAACACCAUGGCUGAUCUGUUUCUGUUAGGUGGUGACUGUGUUGAGGAUCUAUGUAUAUGGUUUGGUCCCCUACUGCUGGAGAUUCUGGCCCGAUCGACAGAGUCAAUAUUAUACUCGGGACACCUCCAGCUGAGGCUGCUGAAAAAGAUGGCGGUGGUGAUGUGUAGGGGUUUUCCCAUCAAUGAGCUGCUUGUGAAGUUUGCUAGGGAUUUUGUUCGGCAUUUUAACCCCUUUACCACAAAAGAUACAGACAGUGAAGAACCACCUCCAGAGGCGGACAGGAAUAAUGAGGAAAGUAAAGAGGCUUGUGUGGAUGCGCGUACCCAGAUCUCUGACUUGGACUGGUGUCAUGCCAUGUGGAGCUACAUGAGAUUUCUGCCCGAGUUUGCUACAACAAUUGACCUGACACCUCUAGAGGAUUACUUGUCUUGCACUGAUCCUCUUGUUAAAUGGUACGCUUCACUUGCAUUGAGCAGAUUCCACGCCUUUUCGAGUUCAGAAGAAAAACAGUUUCUAAUCCAGCAUUUUCCUCCAGCAGAGCAAAGCAGGCUUUCUAUGCAUGUGAGCAUGCAGGUAUCUGCCUUAGUGACCAAAUUUAACAGAGCACGGCAAAGAGUGGAGUUGGUGCUUGUGGAUUCUCUCCAGUCAAACACGUUGCACACUAUUCAAGUUGAUGACCUGUGCGCACAUGUGGUCAGUGUAGGAGGUGUCUUAUUGCCGAAAGUGAGGCAGGCAGCAACGGCUCACUCUCAGGAAAAUGUAAAUGUUCAGCCUCCACCAACAGCUUUAGUCUGUAAUCCAGAUCAGUUGCUGCCUAUUGACUAUUCGACCCCAGGACCUUCGGGCCAGCAGGCAAGCAAAUAG